ACGACUGGUACGGAAACGAGCCACUCAAACUUCGGGGAAACAAGGAAACAGAUUGUAGAAGGCAGAGAGGCCGAUUUUAUGUUUCAUGUCAGAUUCUACCAUCCCAACAAACACAAGGACAGAGCUUAUUCACGAAUACAGACAACCUGACGAUGAUACUCCAACAAAAAUGACAACAUUGGACAUCAGUAGACCACUUCCGGUCAAGAAUGGACGUUAAAUAUAUGGGUCAGCUGUCGCUAGAUAUCGGUAAGGAAUGGUGUCUACUCGCCUACCAGCUCGGCUUCCGUGACUCCCAGCUGGACCAUCUCCGGGCAGCUUUUCCCUACAACACACCGCAAUGUGUCGCCUCCAUGCUGGUCAAAUGGCACGAGACUGCCUUAAAACAUCAUAUCAACCCACUUCCGCUGUUGAUACGGUCCCUCACAGAAGUUGAUCGUUAUGACCUAGUACAGAAAAUUAACUGUGAUUUUGACGAGCCGGAUGAUGGUAGCCUAUUCAACAAUCAAAAUAAAAAGCUCUCCGACUUUAAUGCCAAGGUGAAAAAGAUCCGUUUUGGUCAAGCACAGGGCGACAUGCAGAUGUUCUUGGAUCAGAGCGAGAGAUUUCUAGAGUUCCAAGUUAAAGACAAAAAGCUUUUUGUCAAUACCAGGGCUGCUAGAGUGGCGUUGGAACUUCUUUCCACAAAAGGAACGCUUACUUUGAUGGGAAACCCCGGUGAUGGUAAGUCUACCAUUGCUGUUAACUUGCUGACCCGUCUCCGGAACGAAGGAGCUACUAUCAUUGUGUUAUCCGAUCCGGCCCUCAUAGAACGUAUUUACGACGACGAUAAACAAAUAGUAUAUUUUGUGGACGACGCCUUCGGAACACCAACAGUGAAUAGCAGACUUUUGGAAACAUGGACGCGACUUCAUGAUAAGAUUGAAAGUCUCGUCAAACUGGACAAGUGUAAACUUCUGAUUACAACGAGAAAACAUGUUUACAUGAAAUGUCAGUCACUUUUGCAUAAAUGCCCUUCUUAUAAGGAGAAUCUUAUCGACCUCUCCGGAGAGGAAUAUUGCCUGAACAUGUUCGAAAAAAACAGACUCGUUGCCAGUUACUGUCAGGACCAUGGCCUUUUCCCGGCACAAUUAAGCAUCACUAAAGAGUGUGCUUAUGUACCCGGCUUCCCUCUUCUGUGUAAGAUGUUUGGCAACGACAAACAAAUGCAGGAAUUAGACGUUUACUUCGAUCAGACGCUUUCUGUCUUGUACAAUCAGUUACAAAUGUUGGCCACCACCGAUGGUCACGCUUUCUGUGGCUUGGUACUGGUGAUGAUGUUUGACGGCAGACUUCCGCGAGCAGUGUUUGACCAGUUCACGCCGUGUUGUGACCAGGACCGGACAAAAAUCCAGACAAUCAUGAGAGUGUACGGUAUUCAAGCCUGUGACGAUGGAAAGGUGGAGACAUGUCUCGAUGAAAUGAUCGGUGUCUAUGUAGAGGAGGUAGAAGAGGACUUCCGAUUUAUCCAUGACGCUAUCUUUGAUACUGUUUGUCUUAUAUUUGGUAUACGUUAUCCAAAUGAAAUCAUUCGGGUAGCAUCGUCCGACUUCAUAGAGAAAAGGAUAAGAACAGAAAGUAUUCCUGGCGCAAGUAACCAUUGCCUUGAUUACGUUAUCGUAUUGAAGAAAUCUAAGUAUCACGUAUUGGCCGCCAGGUGGAUCGCAGAUGCGUCACGUGGUAUUAUCCGGGCUAUGUUCGGUAAUCCAAGUAUCCAUGACGUUGAUAUGCAGGCUGCUCUUGUUGAUCAAGUUAGAAAGCUAGCUCCAAAAGCGUCCAUGGAGCUGUUCACUAAUGCAGAGGCAAAGACUUCGUCACUGAACCAGUUUAAAGAAACCGUUCUGUUCUUGGCUUGCAAGGAGGGGUUAGUCUCUCUCGUUCAAGUUCUCCUAGAGAAGCAGAAGAUAUUGAAAGCUGAUAAUGUCGAGCACGCGUCAAUUCUAACAAUACCUGACAGCUGUAUGAUUGAGGCUGUCGAUAGAAUACAUCUGAACGUUGUCAAAACGUUAUUAGAUCACGGCGCCAGGGUCAACAUUGCAUGUGGGUCUUUGUCUUACCGGUGUCUCCAGGUCGCAUGUAAGAAGGGAAGUCUCGAUAUGGUAAAGCUGCUGAUGCUUUACGGCGCGGAUGUCAAUCUAGAAGACCACAAUGGGAAACAGGCGGUACAUUACGCAAGUGAAUUUGGACGUCUAGAGAUACUAAAGGAGUUACACAACAAUAACGCGUCCCUGUCGGCUAAGGACAGGACCGACAGACAGGCAAUUCAUUACGCCGGUAUAGCUGGCAGUCUAGAGUGUGUCCAGUUUCUGCAACAGGAAGGAAUCCGAUUGAAUGUACCUGACAGAAUGGAUAAGAAUGUUCUUCACUACGCGUCGACUGCCCACUGCCCAGCUCUCAUUAGAUACCUGGUGUCCAAUGGGGCUAACACUAACAGUCUUGACAGCAUGGGGGCUUCUCCCCUACAUUUGGCUUGUAAGGCUAACUUUGCCGAGAACAUUGAGAUUCUUUUGAGUAAUGGUUCUGAUCCUAAUCAAGUGGACGCUUCUAUGUGCCUACCAUUACACUCCGCUUGUAAAUGUGGUGGACCGGAGCAAGACGGACGUGAUUCUUUCCGAUGUGUCCAGCUUCUCCUGAACGUAGUAAGUGAUGUGAACGCUGUGGACAGUUUUGGUAAAACUGCUCUUCAUUAUGCAUGCACCUGGGCUCGCGAUCGACGGUUGGACUGUGUAACGUUACUGCUUUCCAAGGGAGCAGACCCCAGUAUUAUAGAUGAUUAUGAACGCCAGCCUAUAUUUUACGCUUGUGAGAGCAGGAACCUGAAAUGUGUACAGACAUUGGUGAACCAUGGCAUCGACGUUAACCAUCGUGGGCCGCAGGGGAAACAGCCUAUACAUUAUGCAUGUGGAAGGGGAAACAUAGAUGUUGUAAAAAUGUUGGUGGAGAAAGGAGCAUCCACCAAUUCUGUGGACAGCAAGGGGAAACAACCCCUUCACUACGCCAGUCAGCAUGGGAACAAUGACUGUCUGCGCUAUCUCCUGGAAUGUGGAGUAGACGUGAACUGUGUUGACAAACAGGGUUGUCGCCCUUUACACUAUGCCUGCAAGUGGUGUCGCCCUAACGCUGUCCGCCUGUUAAUCAAACAUGGCGCUAGUCCUGAGGAAAAGGACAACGAUAAUAGGAUGCCUGAUGACCUCGUACCGAAAUGGUCACCUAGAAAAAGUCAAAUGAAGCGGUUCCUCCGAGGGAAUAGUCUUGAUCUGGGUCAGCUUUCGCUAGAUAUCGGUAAGGAAUGGUGUCUACUCGCCUACCAGCUCGGCUUCAGUGACUCCCAGCUGGACCAUCUCCGGGCAGCUUUUCCCUACAACACACCGCAAUGUGUCGCCUCCAUGCUGGUCAAAUGGCACGAGACUGCCUUGAAACAUCAUAUCACCCCGCUUCCGCUGUUGAUACGGUCCCUCACAGAAGUUGAUCGUUAUGACCUAGUACAGAAAAUUAACUGCGAUUUUGACGAGCCGGAUGAUGGUAGCCUAUUCAACAAUCAAAAUAAAAAGCUCUCCGACUUUAAUGCCAAGGUGAAAAAGAUCCGUUUUGGUCAAGCACAGGGCGACAUGCAGAUGUUCUUGGAUCAGACCCAGAGAUUUCUAGAGUUCAAAGUUAAAGACAAAAAGCUUUUUGUCAAUACCAGGGCUGCUAGAGUGGCGUUGGAACUUCUUUCCACAAAAGGAACGCUUACUUUGAUGGGAAACCCCGGUGAUGGCAAGUCUACCAUUGCUGUUAACUUGCUGACCCGUCUCCGGAACGAAGGAGCUACUAUCAUUGUGUUAUCCGAUCCGGCCCUCAUAGAACGUAUUUACGACGACGAUAAACAAAUAGUAUAUUUUGUGGACGACGCCUUCGGAACACCAACAGUGAAUAGCAGACUUUUGGAAACAUGGACGCGACUUCAUGAUAAGAUUGAAAGUCUCGUCAAACUGGACAAGUGUAAACUUCUGAUUACAACGAGAAAACAUGUUUACAUGAAAUGUCAGUCACUUUUGCAUAAAUGCCCUUCUUAUAAGGAGAAUCUUAUCGACCUCUCCGGAGAGGAAUAUUGCCUGAACAUGUUCGAAAAAAACAGACUCGUUGCCAGUUACUGUCAGGACCAUGGCCUUUUCCCGGCACAAUUAAGCAUCACUAAAGAGUGUGCUUAUGUACCCGGCUUCCCUCUUCUGUGUAAGAUGUUUGGCAACGACAAACAAAUGCAGGAAUUAGACGUUUACUUCGAUCAGACGCUUUCUGUCUUGUACAAUCAGUUACAAAUGUUGGCCACCACCGAUGGUCACGCUUUCUGUGGCUUGGUACUGGUGAUGAUGUUUGACGGCAGACUUCCGCGAGCAGUGUUUGACCAGUUCACGCCGUGUUGUGACCAGGACCGGACAAAAAUCCAGACAAUCAUGAGAGUGUACGGUAUUCAAGCCUGUGACGAUGGAAAGGUGGAGACAUGUCUCGAUGAAAUGAUCGGUGUCUAUGUAGAGGAGGUAGAAGAGGACUUCCGAUUUAUCCAUGACGCUAUCUUUGAUACUGUUUGUCUUAUAUUUGGUAUACGUUAUCCAAAUGAAAUCAUUCGGGUAGCAUCGUCCGACUUCAUAGAGAAAAGGAUAAGAACAGAAAGUAUUCCUGGCGCAAGUAACCAUUGCCUUGAUUACGUUAUCGUAUUGAAGAAAUCUAAGUAUCACGUAUUGGCCGCCAGGUGGAUCGCAGAUGCGUCACGUGGUAUUAUCCGGGCUAUGUUCGGUAAUCCAAGUAUCCAUGACGUUGAUAUGCAGGCUGCUCUUGUUGAUCAAGUUAGAAAGCUAGCUCCAAAAGCGUCCAUGGAGCUGUUCACUAAUGCAGAGGCAAAGACUUCGUCACUGAACCAGUUUAAAGAAACCGUUCUGUUCUUGGCUUGCAAGGAGGGGUUAGUCUCUCUCGUUCAAGUUCUCCUAGAGAAGCAGAAGAUAUUGAAAGCUGAUAAUGUCGAGCACGCGUCAAUUCUAACAAUACCUGACAGCUGUAUGAUUGAGGCUGUCGAUAGAAUACAUCUGAACGUUGUCAAAACGUUAUUAGAUCACGGCGCCAGGGUCAACAUUGCAUGUGGGUCUUUGUCUUACCGGUGUCUCCAGGUCGCAUGUAAGAAGGGAAGUCUCGAUAUGGUAAAGCUGCUGAUGCUUUACGGCGCGGAUGUCAAUCUAGAAGACCACAAUGGGAAACAGGCGGUACAUUACGCAAGUGAAUUUGGACGUCUAGAGAUACUAAAGGAGUUACACAACAAUAACGCGUCCCUGUCGGCUAAGGACAGGACCGACAGACAGGCAAUUCAUUACGCCGGUAUAGCUGGCAGUCUAGAGUGUGUCCAGUUUCUGCAACAGGAAGGAAUCCGAUUGAAUGUACCUGACAGAAUGGAUAAGAAUGUUCUUCACUACGCGUCGACUGCCCACUGCCCAGCUCUCAUUAGAUACCUGGUGUCCAAUGGGGCUAACACUAACAGUCUUGACAGCAUGGGGGCUUCUCCCCUACAUUUGGCUUGUAAGGCUAACUUUGCCGAGAACAUUGAGAUUCUUUUGAGUAAUGGUUCUGAUCCUAAUCAAGUGGACGCUUCUAUGUGUCUACCAUUACACUCCGCUUGUAAAUGUGGUGGACCGGAGCAAGACGGACGUGAUUCUUUCCGAUGUGUCCAGCUUCUCCUGAACGUAGUAAGUGAUGUGAACGCUGUGGACAGUUUUGGUAAAACUGCUCUUCAUUAUGCAUGCACCUGGGCUCGCGAUCGACGGUUCGACUGUGUAACGUUACUGCUUUCCAAGGGAGCAGACCCCAGUAUUAUGGAUGACUAUGAACGCCAGCCUAUAUUUUACGCUUGUGAGAGCGGGAACCUGAAAUGUGUACAGACAUUGGUGAACCAUGGCAUCGACGUUAACCAUCGUGGGCCGCAGGGGAAACAGCCUAUACAUUAUGCAUGUGGAAGGGGAAACAUAGAUGUUGUAAAGAUGUUGGUGGAGAAAGGGGCAUCCACCAAUUCUGUGGACAGCAAGGGGAAACAACCCCUUCACUACGCCAGUCAGCAUGGGAACAAUGACUGUUUGAGUUAUCUACUGGAAUGUGGAGUAGACGUGAACUGUGUUGACAAACAGGGUUGUCGCCCUUUACAUUAUGCCUGCAAGUGGUGUCGCCCUAACGCUGUCCGCCUGUUAAUCAAACAUGGCGCUAGUCCUGAGGAAAAGGACAACGAUGAUAGGAUGCCUGAUGACCACGUACCAAAUUGGUCAUCUAGAAAAAGUCAAAUGAAGCGGUUCCUCCGAGGGCAUAGUCUUGAUACAAUCUAGAUUUUAGUUUGACAACGAACAAUCUAAAUGCGAUAAAGACAUAUUUUACUGGAGAGACUGAAUACCUACGUAUACAUGUAGAAAACAUGUUUAUUCCUGAAAAAUGAUAAAUGAUAUUCAGACAUAUUUCCCUACGACCAGUAACAUGUUGACAUCGUUUCUUUUUCCUCAAGGAUUUUUAAUAUCUUGCACACAUAUUUCUAUUAGAACAGUCUAAACACCAUGUAAAUAUGUGCCUUUCUUGAAAAGUUCCAAAUACCACGCAAAUCUGGUUGCCUAAAACAGUUUCAAAAUGAUAGAGUCAUGUUUCGUUCUGAAAAAAAUCCAAAUAUUAUGCAAGCAAAUUCCUCUCAAACAAGUCUUGAAACAAUGUCGACAUGUUUCUAUGAAAUUAGCCCAAAUUCUAUACAAACAUUUGUCUCUAAAACAGUUAAAAUAGUAGACAAUAUCAUUUUUCUCUCUAAGAGAUAUGUUGUAUUUGUAUAAAAAUCACAAGUGAAUUCUUUUGCUCAUGAAAGGAAAAAUCUAUCGUUACCUUCCCAGGGAAUGAAAACUCACACGUGUCAUCACCAGUUCACGAGGGGAUCUAUAACGUAGCUAUAUCCCAAUAGAGACAUGUCGUCAACUUGGUCACGUAAUUCAUGUAAUAUUGAUGAUGGCGCCGUGUAUUGCGUUAACCUACAUUUCAACAACAAAAAACACGGAAGGAUUCUGUGGAAAAAUAAUCUAUUGUGUAGACAGAGAACUCUAAAUUCUGGGGACAAGAUUUUUUAAAGUUUAUCACUCGAUACAAUCUCAUGUUAAACCUCAGUGAUGUUUCUGAUAGGAUAUAAUUCAUCUUGCGCUUGGAUUCAAUGCGGAUUGAUAAGGGGUCGUUUGAGUACCAGAAAUGUGUUCUUUUUCCCUAUAUCGAUAUCUAUGAUGGAGUUUACAAAUAAUAGUAAAGUGGAAAUGUUAAAGAUGACAUCAACGUUUUGACA